GUGCAAGGCAAGGGAAAACCCGCAACGGGCCAGUACACUUUGAGAAAGCCCACUGUUGGCUGUCUCAGACGGUGUAUACGUUAAAGGGAAGCAUUCUUCCUGGGUCAAGCUCGUCUCUCGACUAAUCUCUCGUGUGUGCAUCAUGUUAAUGAGCUUCACUCGUGUCUCAAACUCAAGUUAUCAGCACGGUGCAUUCAGUAUACGAAGGAAAAUAAACAGUGCCAGACAUUUACCCUCUUGAUCGAGGAAGUGACCCCCCAUCAUCUCUAGUUUUAUUCAGUUUCUGUCUCUGUAUAUCUCUUUCUCAAUCUCUCUCAACUUCUAUCCGAAUCUACUCGUCUUCGUGUGCAACAGUGUGACGGUGCCAAGAUGCCAGGAAAAGGCGGCCGACGAGGCCGAUCUGGCCAAGGUGGCAAACGCGUUGAAGUAGGAUCGGACGACGAUUCGUUAAACGACGCAGGCAGCAUAACGAGCGGCCAAUCAGAUGUGCGCAGCGUGCUGGACGAAGUGAACGACAACAACGAGGUCGACGAGAUUAGCCAGCAAGAGGCGUUCGAGGAAAAGUUGAAGGAAGCUAUAGACGGAUUGACGCAAAAAAGUGCGAAGGGGCGUGUCACGUGUUUCCACGGCGUGGAGAAAAUUUUCGCGGUCAAGUAUGUGCCCGAGUUCGUGGAGGAUCGCAAGAUGACUAUCACAGACUCUAUCGAGAAAGGAUUGAAGAAAGGCCGCGGCGACGAACAGUCGUCGGCUGCCAGGCUGAGCACUUUGCUUUGCGUUCAGUUGGGCAUGUUGGAUAGUGCCGAGGCUGUUUGUAAGGAUCUCAAGUCACCCCUGACUUUCAUCGCUAAUGAUUCGUCUGCUUCCAAUGCUGGACGCGCCGAGUGUUGCUGGGCCUUGGGUAUGAACCAGUUCUUUUCCGGUAACGACGUGAGCGACACCAUCGAGAUCACCCACCUGCUAUCCAGCGUGUUCGCUGGCUCUUAUCUCAAGGGGAACGGUGCUGUAGCCUCGAUAACAGCCGACGUUGCUGCUCUUCACGCGGCUGCCAUCUCUGCGUGGACCUUGCUUCUUACCAUCAUGUCUCCUGUUGACGUUUACAAUCUACUUGGCAGUGGACAGACUAGCAAUUUCAUGCCGUCGUUGAAUCGUUUGAGCGAAUUACUUCAGUCGCCACACUUGGAGGUCCGUCUAUCCGCUGGCGAGGCUUUGGCUGUGAUUUUUGAGCUCGGGCGCGACUACGCCGACGACUACGAGCAGGAAUGGGCACUCGAUCUCAUCGAGAUUCUCAAGGAUUUGGCCACCGACUCCAACAAAUACAGAGCUAAAAAGGACAGGAAGCAGCAACGUGCAAGCUUCCGAGAUAUCUUACGUUACAUUGAAGAAGACAUUGUCCCAGAAACUCAAAUCCGAUUCGGCAAAGAAACACUAUACCUCGAGGGUUGGUGCGCACGUACCCAAUACAACGCCUGCUGUCGACUACUUGGUCCUGGCAUAAAUAUUCAUUUGGCUGAGAAUCAAUUACUUCGUGAAAUUUUCAGCCUUGGCAACCGCGUGAUUGGCCCUGUUGCAACUCAGAAAACUAGCAAAUUAGAAAGAACUCUAAUGAAUGCAGCGGCGUUCAAGGCCCGCACUAUUCAGAGAAAUCGAGUUCGGGAUAAACGCUCAGUUGCCCUAGCUAUUUAAAAAGAAUGCUAUUUAACAAAAUUUUAUCAUUUUCGUUUGAUUUUAUAUGAAUAUUAACUAAUUCAAGGUGGUUACACGUACGCCCGUUAUUGUAAUUUUAUUCAUUAUAAUACUGAGCAAGA